GGAGAUUAACUUGCUGCUGGUUCGGAUGUCCGAGAAGUCCCACUUCAAGCUACAUUUCUCAAUGUGGGUCUCACCGAUGGAUGUCCUUUGUGCGCUCCCUAUGAACAUGAUUUCGCGCGAAGUACUGACACUGCGGGGCACGGACUUUCCUGUUUCUGGCCUCAGUGCUAGCCUUCCCAGCCAUGGUGACCCGCACAGACCAAGCACGCAUCGUCGAGAUGUCAGGGCUAGUGUCGAAGUAUACAUCCGACUUUCCCAAAUGCCCAGCGUAUUAUCGCCAGAUACCAUCCCGAAUCCUGGGAUCCAUUGUGCUCGUCACAGGUACAACCAGCUCCCUCGGAUGUCACCUCCUCGAAACCCUUGCGCACUCGCCUCUGAUCGCGCGUGUCUACGCGCUCAACAGACCAGACAGGAAGGGGCGCCCAUUGCGGGACAGGCAGGUGGAUGCACUUCGAGAGCGCGGCAUCCCAGAGGGCGUCGUCGACUUGGAGAAGGUCGUCCUUGUUGAAGGUGAACUGACGACUCCAAAGUGGGGGCUCACCGAGGACCUGUACAACGAGAUCCACAACUCGGUGACACAUGUCCUACAUAACGCUUGGCGCGUUGACUUCGUCUCACCGCUCGCCGCCUUCGAGCUCAACAUCUCCGGACUGCGCAUGCUAAUGGACUUCUGCUUGACAUUGACUCUCUCUACGACACCGCGACUGGUCUUCACAAGCAGUCUGAUAGAUGCUUUUAAGGCUCCGCACGGCCAGCAAAUCCUUGAAGACCCUAUACCCCCGGCGUGGGCUGUCGGGAUGGGCUAUUCAGAAGCCAAAUGGGUGUGCGAGGAGAUCCUGUUCGCUGCGUGUAAAGCCACGCCUCUGGAUGGCCUCGUCGUACGCGUCGGUCAGAUCACAGGAGGCAAGGGAGGCGCAUGGGCGACGACGGACUGGUUCUCAUGUAUGGUGCAAAGCGCGAGUAAAGACGGCAUCGGGUCUUUGCCUGAUGACAACAGGCUCAUGGACUGGUUCCCAUUCGAGCUCGCCUCCUCCGCGCUCCUCGACUUCCUCCACACCCCUCCGGCGUACCUCUCAGAAGUGGCACCCUCGCGCGGCGUCGUUCACCUCGUCCACCCGCGCCCGGUUCCAUGGCAUGACAUCGCCGCGGAGGUCGCGCGUCAGGUCGGCGGACGUCUGGUGCCCUUCCAGGAAUGGUUGCACGCGAUAGAGGCUGCAGCAGUCCUGGAAAAGUCGCGACCACCGGUCACGAAGGGGGCACCAAGGCCUCGCAUGCGCGCGAUAUCCUUGAUCCCGUUCUAUAGCGCCCUCAACAUGAACAUGCGAGACGGGGCUCGCGCGAUGGGCUUGCCGGCAUGGGACGGCCCACGGGGUGUCGCCGCUUCCCCGACGCUUGCCGAUCCAGAUAUCGCGCAGCUAGGAGCGGACGAUGUGGGACGAUGGAUAGGCUACUGGAGGAGUGUUGGGUUCAUCCCGGACGAUGUGCGUGAGGGACCGUCACGAGCGCGACUGUGAAUCUCAGGAGUUGCCUUGGAAGCUUGAGUUGUC